CACCUGGUAUCUCCCUAUCGAUAUGGCGCUUUGAUAGUCGACUUCCGUCAGGAGAAUUGUUCCGUUAUGAGAAAGAAAAAAACAAUUGAAAUAAAAUAGGCAAAUAAAAUUAUUCUCGUCCACUAUGGAACUGCGCAGCCGAACCACCAAGAACCUUGUGGACUUCCUCAAAAGCGCCGGCGUCUAUGAGGCAGGUAUGGAAAUCGAGGAAAUGCGCCAGUUGGCGAGUGCUAUGGAGCAGUCGGCCAGCUGCAAGCCGGACGACCUGGACUUGGAAAGGGCCCUGCAGGAGAGCGAGCUGGAGUUUCUGUCCUCGCAGCCGAGUGGUUUGCACAACUCUACAAUGAUCAUAUCGCCCCAAUUGCCCAGGAGGGACCCCCCCGACUUGGACAGUCCGCCCAGCCAACCCAUACGCAUGACGAUACGCGCUUGUGUUCAUCACCCCAUGGACUGGAGCCCCCCGGAUGGAAGGCGGGUUCCAGAACGCAAGCGGGCUGCCGGUGGGGAUGACAACCAGAUCACCGACCCAACCGGCAAGCGUAUAAGGCCCCCGGUUGUCAGCAGGGCACAGGAUCUGGAAGACCAGCUGCAGCCCGACAAUCCCGACGCCACGCCCGUUUCUCUGGGCAUGGAGGGCGACUCGGGCGUUAAUUGGGAGGAGAUUUCUCUGUCCAGCGCCAGCGAUAAUAGUUCCUUUCCGUCCAUUGGUGAAAUGCCUGAUCGCCACUUGAUCAGCACCAGCAGCGUCGCCGUCUCUGAUUUCUCAGACAUCCACGAGCAAAGCCAGGACUAGGAUGUUUCUGUCAGUAAUUUGAUGUUCCCCAAUAAUUAAUUUAAUAUGUAUGUAUGUUAUUUCGCCAUGUCAUUAAAAGGCUAGCGUAUUCGCCAUGAAACCCAGCGGAACUGGAUGGGAUUUGAUUUUUUUUUCGAACCCUUCAACUAAAACUUAAAGCUUUAUUAAAACUAAAAAUUAAGUCAAAUUAAUAA